GCUGCUUCUGCAGCUGCGGGCCCGCUUGUUUAUUGAUCCGAAAACUAGUCACCUGACAUGUUCUGAACCAUUUCACAUUAACUAGCUGUUGGUACGGACCACAAGAGUUAGAAAUGGGGUCCUUGUUCAGAAGCGAGGAAAUGACAUUAUGUCAGCUGUUUCUGCAGUCUGAAGCAGCUUACGCCUGCGUUUCGGAGCUCGGCGAAUUGGGCCUCGUUCAGUUUAGAGAUCUGAACCCGGAUGUCAACGCCUUCCAACGCAAAUUCGUCAACGAAGUCAGGCGAUGUGAUGAAAUGGAAAGAAAAUUACGAUUUCUGGAGAAAGAGAUCAAGAAAGAUGGCAUCCCAAUGCUGGACAUUGGCGACAACCCAGAGGCUCCGCAGCCCAGGGAGAUGAUCGACCUGGAGGCUACCUUUGAGAAAUUGGAAAACGAGCUGAAAGAGGUAAAUACUAAUGCUGAGGCUCUGAAGAAAACCUACCUAGAACUGACUGAGCUGAAACACAUCCUGCGCAAGACUCAAGCCUUCUUUGACGAGGUGGGAUUUCAUCACCGUGCACAGAUGCACGACCCCAACGCGCAAGAGGAGCACGUGAUGCUGCUAGGAGAAGAGGGGCUCAGGGCCGGCGGUCAAGCCCUGAAGCUGGGGUUCGUCGCGGGCGUCGUCCUUCGAGAACGUCUUCCCUCGUUUGAGAGAAUGCUGUGGCGCGUCUGUCGUGGGAACGUCUUUCUACGACAGGCCCCCGUCGACGCCCCAUUGGAGGACCCUGUCACUGGAGAUCAAGUGUACAAGUCUGUGUUCAUAAUAUUCUUUCAAGGUGAACAGCUCAAGACUAAGGUCAAGAAGAUCUGUGAAGGGUUCCGAGCCACCCUGUACCCCUGUCCCGAAACUCCCACCGAUCGCCGAGAGAUGUCAAUAGGCGUCAUGACUCGAAUUGAGGACCUCAACACGGUAUUGGGUCAGACCCAAGACCAUCGCCACCGCGUCCUGGUGGCUGCUGCCAAGAACAUCAAGAACUGGUUUGUGAAAGUACGAAAGAUCAAGGCCAUCUACCACACCCUGAACCUUCUCAACUUGGACGUCACUCAAAAGUGUCUCAUUGCGGAAUGCUGGUGUGCAGUGUCUGACCUUGACAAGAUCCAUCUAGCGCUGAGACGUGGAACGGAACGAAGUGGCAGCAGUGUGUCGUCCAUUCUGAACCGCAUGGAGACCAAAGAGACACCCCCAACAUACAAUCGUACCAACAAGUUCACCUCCGGGUUCCAGAACAUCGUCGACGCUUACGGUGUGGCCAGCUAUAGGGAGGUCAAUCCAGCUCCGUUCACCGUGAUAACAUUUCCAUUCCUCUUUGCGGUGAUGUUCGGUGAUGCUGGUCAUGGCACCAUCAUGUUCCUCUUUGCUCUCUGGAUGGUCCUCAAGGAAAAAGGUCUCAUGGCACAAAAGACUGACAAUGAGAUCUGGAACACUAUAUUUGGUGGACGUUACAUCGUUCUUCUCAUGGGUGGGUUCUCCAUCUACACUGGACUAAUCUACAACGACACUUUCUCAAAAUCGUUCAACAUUUUUGGGUCCUCCUGGGUGGUUCCAAAAAAGGAGACUUACAACCAGCACGAACAACUAGAUCCUGUCGAGAACUACGUAGGUGUCCCCUACCCUUUUGGCCUGGACCCAGUGUGGCAGCUCUCUGCCAACAAGAUUCCAUUCACCAAUUCGUACAAGAUGAAAGUUUCCAUUGUGCUGGGUGUGAUGCAGAUGAUGUUUGGAGUCCUUCUGAGCCUUUGGAAUCAUAGGUUCUUCCGCAACACUGUCAACAUCUUCUGCGAGUUUAUUCCUCAGCUGAUAUUCCUGUGUGCCAUCUUCGGUUACUUGGUGGUGACCAUCUUUGUAAAGUGGACCAUCAACUUUGGCCAUGACACCUACUGUGCCCCCAGUCUCCUGAUCAUGCUCAUCAACAUGUUCCUCUUCACCUACACAACCUCACCAUGUUACCAGGCUCCCUUCUAUUCAGGACAGAAAGGAUUGCAGAGCUUCCUGGUGAUCCUGGCAUUGGUCUGCAUCCCAUGGAUCCUGUUGUUGAAGCCCCUGUACCUCCGCCAUAAGUACAACAAAGGUCGCUCGGCGGCAAGAAGCGCCCCCAAGACAAAUGAAAACGCAGCUCAUGGCGCAACAUCGCACGGAGGCCACGAUGGCCACGGCGGCCACGGCAGUGGAGAGUUUGACUUCGGAGAGGCAUUCAUCAACCAGACGAUUCACACGAUUGAGUACUGCUUGGGUUCCGUCUCGCACACUGCUUCAUACUUGCGACUUUGGGCGCUCAGCCUGGCUCACGCGCAGCUCUCUGAAGUGUUGUGGAGCAUGGUGCUGCAGAUAGGACUGCGGAACACUGAGUGGUGGGGCAGCAUCGUCCUCUACCUGACAUUCGCAUUUUGGGCGACACUUACCGUGGCUGUACUGCUCAUCAUGGAGGGACUGUCUGCCUUCCUGCACGCACUUCGACUUCAUUGGGUGGAGUUUCAGAGCAAGUUUUAUGUGGGAGAGGGUUACAAGUUUGCUCCAUUCUCCUUUGACACCAUUCUGGAAACUUCAGCCAGCGAAGAUUGAGCGGCCGCUCUUCCUAGUCUAACCAAGAUCUGAAGAAAAAAUUUUUCCGUUAUCCUAGUAAAAAUUCCCGCUGUCCUCUUCUGUUGUCCUUAGAGAGGAGCAUGCAUUUCUAUUUUGCAUUUCUAUUUUGCGUUUAUUGCGUGUUAAAAAUAAAAACGAGUAAUCCAGUAAA